AUGAAGCUUCUAGAGAGAUCUAGCGGUUUUGAAGGAGUUGGAGUGUAUGACAUGCAUCAAGUUCCACCUUCACUUGCGGAUGAAUUUUCAGAUUGUUGGAGCUUACCGCUAGUAACUCUGGCAACCAUUGCCAUUUCUCUUCCUAACGUCCAAAAAGACAUGGUUGAAAAGCUGUUGAGCGGUGUGAGUGAAGGUCUUAGAUAUGUCAAACUUGUUGAAGAAAACCUCAAUUCUACUCAUGAUUACGUAAACAUUCAAAAGGUGUCUAAAAUGUUGUGGCUAGAAGUUGAAGUGCACCAUACAUGGUUAGGAAACAAGCUGCAAAACACUAUUACUCAAGUAAAUUCGGUAGAACAAAUCCUUCGAUGGUUCAUUGAUACAGCUAAAAACCUGAUCACCGAGGCGGAAAAUACGGAUGUCUCGAAUGAAAACUCCUUUUACAGGUCUGUUUCUGCCAAUUCAAUGUAUCGUGUCACUCAAGAAACCUUAAUUUCCUACUAUGCCUACAUUGACGUGGUAACCCAUGAGCAAUUAUUUACUCGAUUAUCAUCAAUGAUCUCUGACAUAUUAGCCGCUUGUCUUACCAACUUACCCAAAGUCAUAGAGUUGAAAUGCCACACAAAUGCUAUAGAGAAAAGGGAGGCGAGUGUUCUUGCUACAGCCCAACUUCUUGGUCGAACUAUGGAGAUAAUCAAUAGCCUUCAAGAUCGUGAACUUCCAAACUUGAAUCAAGCCGAAUUGCCAUUUAUUAACAAGUGGCAUAAUUAUUUUAAAUGUUCCAUUCCUUAA